GACGCUGAUGUCCGAGAUGUGGACACUGGAGGAAACGCUUCUCACUCCAAAGCCGAGGAAGCACCUGCCCGGUCAACGCCAAGCGAAGGAAUUUUUAAGGUGAAGGCCAGCCAAGCUGCCGAGCCCACGCCGGACGACGGAAUCUUGCCAAGCAACUCGCGACUCUCCAUUGGAGAGCUGGCGCCAACUGCUGUGUCUGCCGUGGAGAACAACACUUUGCGCACAACUCCACAAGGCAGAAGAAAAGCAACAGACGUUGCGAUGAAUCAGGGUUCCGAGAACACAUACCAGGGCAGCUCCGUCGAGAGCGAGGACCUUUCCCUCGGCGACGAGGAGGACCUGGACCUGGAUUGGCCAGAGGCCGAAGAGAAGGUCAAGAGCCGACAGGAGGCCAAGCACGUGACCAGCAGUGCAAAAACGAAGCCAGGUUCUCGGCACGGGCAAGAUGCGACCAUCGAGAUCCAGGAGGCGAGCCAAAGUGCGACCCCGGACCCAGUCCGGACAGAGGACUUGUCCGCGCGAGCUUUCGAGGAGACUGAGCACAGGCUGAGGGAGGACAUCGAGUCACUCAGGAAGCUUGAGGAGGAGCUUCAGCUUCGGGGCCCGAAGGGAACUUCCCAACCGAAGCAAACGAAAGCUCAGAAGGCCGAAGGCAGCGCUGCAUCUCACAAGCGAAGGAAGGGCCCUGCAGCUGCAGCUGUCCAGCAGGCCGUGUCUCUGCUGGAGAUCGGUUCGGCUCCAGCGAGCGUGGAGGAGCUUCAAACAUUGCAGAUUGAGCAGCUUGCUGCCGGGCAGCGUGAAGUGGCCAUGAAGGCUGCUCAGGAAGUUGCUGAUAGCUCUGCAUCUCCGAUGACGGCAGAGCAACUGGACAGAACGAGGAGGGCGGCACUUCAGUCUGUUGAGCAUGCUGUUGCUGAGCAGGUGAAUGCACAGGAAAGGCAGCAGACUGCAAAGGCAGUGGGUGCUAUGUCCGAGCUCUUUGCAGGCGUACAAUCUGACCGCAAGGCAAUAGCUUCGAAGAUGGUGAAGCGGCUGCAAGCGGACCUAACAGAGACCAAAGAGCAAGCUCAAAAAGAUCACCAGGUGGAGGAGCAAAAGGUGAGUGUGCUUCUGGAGCGACUGGACCACCUGCGCAGCCAGCCAGAACACUCCAAUGAGGACAAGUUACUCAUCUCCCGGGCGAGGCAAAUCCUGGAGCUCAAGGCGCAGGUGCAGUGGGACAACCAGCGCCUUUCAAAGGAGAAGGAGGACGAGCUGGCCCUUAAAGUCCAAAUCAAGCAGUUGGAGGAAAAGCUUCGGCGGCAACGCCACGCCUCUCUCCGCGAGGCAGCGAGAAGAAAGCCUUUCCACAAUAGAGCCUCUGCAAGAAGAAUUGCCGUGGAUGUAGACCACAGCGGUCGCACUCUCUCCGUCGAGCGUGCUGAUCCAUACUGA